UUGCUCUCGCUCCUCCUGCCGCGCCGCCGCGAUGUGUCGUCUCAAUCCCUGCGAGUGCGAGGAAGAUAAUCCUCUGAUUGCCGCCGCCGCGGCAGCGCCAGCGCCAGCGCCUUCGUCAAUCGUGCUCGUGCUUCCCAGCAUCAACGAUCCUGUCGUCCAGCCCGUGAAAGAUUACGAAUCGGAGCUCCAUCGAUGGCCAACAUCCGCCGAGGUUGUGGAGGAAUUGAAGCAGAUGAGUGGCAUAGCGGGACCCAUGGUGGUAAUGGGUCUGCUUCUUUAUGCCAGGUCUAUGAUAUCCAUGCUAUUUCUAGGCCAUCUCGGGAAGAUGGAGCUCGCUGGAGGAGCUCUAUCCAUGGGCUUCGCCAACAUCACCGGCUACUCUGUGCUGGCGGGGCUGGCCAUGGGGAUGGAGCCGAUCUGCGGCCAGGCUUGCGGAGCCAAGAGGUGGCACCUGAUGGGCAUUACACUCCAGCGGACCAUCCUGGUGCUCCUCUGCGUCUGCGUGCCCAUCGCCAGCCUGUGGAUCAACAUGCAGCGAAUUCUGCUGUGGUGCGGCCAGGACGAGGGCAUCACGGCAAUGGCGGGUACAUACAUACUCUUCUCGCUUCCCGACUUGCUGGCGCAGGCAAUUCUCAACCCCCUCCGGAUUUACCUGCGGACGCAGAACAUCACCACGCCGCUCACCUGGUGCUCGGCGCUGGCGCUGGCGCUGCACGUUCCCAUCAACCUGCUGCUGGUGAUCCACUUGAAGAUGAGGAUCCGCGGGGUGGCGCUCUCCGCCGCAUUGACCGACUUCAACCUCGUCAUCUUCCUGGUGGGCUACCUCCGCAUCUCGGGCAAAUACAAAAGGACGUGGGACGGCUGGUCGCGGGACUCGCUCAAGGACUGGCGCCCGCUUCUCAACCUGGCCAUCCCCAGCUGCAUCAGCGUGUGCCUCGAGUGGUGGUGGUACGAGUUCAUGAUCAUCGUGUCGGGGCUGCUGACCAACGCAAAGGCGGCGGUGGCGUCCAUGGGCAUCCUCAUCCAGACCACGGCGCUCGUCUACAUCUUCCCCUCGUCGCUCAGCCUGGCCGUGUCGACGCGGGUGGGCAACGAGCUGGGCGCCAACCGGCCGGCCAAGGCCCGCAUUGCGAUGAUGGUGGCGCUGGCCUGCGCGGGGGUGGUGGCGGUGCUGGCCAUGACGUUCACGACGACGAUGCGGCAUGUGUGGGGGGGCAUGUUCACCAAGGACGACUCCAUCCUCUCGCUCACGUCGCUGGUUCUGCCCAUUGUUGGGCUGUGCGAGCUCGGGAACUGUCCGCAGACAACUGGCUGUGGGGUCCUCCGGGGCUGCGCGCGGCCAUCGACGGGGGCCAACAUCAAUCUGGGAUCCUUCUACUUUGUGGGGAUGCCAGUGGCGAUGGCUCUUGGGUUCUUGUUUAAUGUCGGGUUCCCUGGGCUCUGGCUGGGCCUGCUGGCGGCACAAGGGACAUGUGCGGCCCUCAUGAUGAUUGUGCUGAUGCGGACGGAUUGGGCUCUGCAGGCGGAGAGAGCCAAGCACUUGACGUGCUCGGUGGAUGCUGCUCCUGCUGCUGCUUCGAGUCCCAGGAAUGACGAGGAGGAGAUGAGCUGCAUCAUGAGCAGCAGCAACAGUGGCAGCACCGCCGCCGCCGCCACCGCCACCGCCACCGCCACCAUUACGAGCAGCGCCACUAGUGUGCUCAGUGCUGCUGCCACCAACAACAACAGCAGCAGCAACAGCAAUGUUUGCAAGGCAGUGGAUCAUCGCCACCAUGAGACGACUUUUAGAGUUGAUGAAGACGAGGCGGCCGUCAUAUCGGUGAAGGUGAUGCCCCUGGUGGAAAGUGAAAGGGAGCACGGAGACAAGCUUCCUCCCCUUCUUCCUCCUCCCCCGCCUGCCGCUGCUCCAGCUGCUACUGUUGCUCAUCAUCAUCAUAAUCAUCUUCGUCAACCAUAUCAUCAUCAACAACAUCAUUAUCAACAGCAGCACCAGCAGGAAACUACUGCGGCAGCAGCGGCAACAGCAGCAGCUACUUGAAGGAGGCGGACAGGGACAAGAGGGGAUCAGAUCUAGAUACUAAAACCGGUAAUGGCGGGGGAGGCUGGUUGGCCGGCUGGCUGCUGCAAGAACACUUGUGUCGUCGAAUCUGCGUCAUGCAAAAGGUGGUGGAAGGCUCUCCUUGAGUCAUGGAUGGGUGGAUGGUUGGAUGGGUAUGUGCGUGCACAGGGUGACUGGUUUUCUUUUUGUGCGUGCAGUGAGAGGCAAGAAGCGAGCCUCUUGGUCUCGGUGUCGCCAUCCAGAAAAGUUGCGGCUUUAAGUGUAGCUAACUGGUGUGGAUUACACAAAAGAGAGAGAGCAGCUUCUUUUCUUGUUUUUCGUGUGCGGGAGCUACACCUACAGUGGCAGCAGUAGCAGCACCACCACACCACCACUACCAACAGCAAAGAGUUCGCAUCAGCACCAGUGCUCUCCAGCAGCUACAGCAAUACUUUGCAACAAGCAAGAAAAUUGAUAAACGAGAUUAGGCCGGUUUGGUACAUUGUGGUUCCAGAGAAGUUGGCCCAGCACAAGUCACAAUGCAAAUUGCAGUAUAUGAGGGAAGAUUGAUCAGCAGCCAGCCAUAAGAAGGCUAGCUACAUUAUUCUCAAAGUCCUUUUCUUUUCUUUUCUUCUUUUCAUUUUUUUGGUUUUUCCUGGUGGGGGAUGGAUGGAUCAUUGGUGUAAGAGGAGGGGAAAACAGGAACUCCUCUCUUUAAAAUUUCUGGAAUUUGUUUAUUUCCUUCUAGAGACUAAAUGGUGGUGGUGAUCGGUUAGAUUGCCACUUGUAUUUGUUUGGCAUUUGAUAUAUGGAUGUAUAUGCCCAAAGGUAUCAUUCUUUUC